UGACGUCGUUGUUUGUGCUGCUGGCAGAAUGCUAGUUCCGGCAUUAACUGAGAAGAGAAGAGUCCCUUGGUGAACAAGUAUACAACCGGGAUAUUCAAGCGAAUAAAUGCCACCAAGUAUGACUGAGAGCUCGGCGAAUAAGUUGGUAAAUGGAGAUGUUUGCCACCGGACCGCAAACGGUAAAAAAUCUACGGGAAGGAACGGUUUCGUGAAGAAUCAUUGUUUGUUCCAACAACCGCAACAGAAGAAGUAUCGGCGCCCGAGUGAGAAGAACAACCAUGUUGUGCGUAGCACCAGCCUGUACAACAGGCCGUUUGUGGAGCAGUUUGAGGAGACUCCUCUGCUUGUGGCGGUUCUCACCUACGUGGGCUACGGCAUCCUCACCAUCUUCGGGUACCUCAGAGACUUCCUCCGCAACUGGGGCGUCGAGAACUGCCACGUGGCCAGAGAGAGGGACGAACAGAAGGACUUUGUUCCGCUGUACCAGGACUUUGAGAACUUCUACACCAGGAAUCUAUACAUGCGUAUCCGUGACAACUGGAACAGGCCUAUCUGCAGUGUCCCUGGAGCCAAGAUGGACCUGGUGGAGAGAACCUCCAAAGACUACAACUGGACGUUCGAACACACAGGCAAGGUGGUGAAAGACGUGAUCAACAUGGGUUCUUAUAACUACCUGGGCUUUGCUGAGAACACUGGGAGGUGUGCUGACAAUGCCACAGGGUCAACACACAAGUACGGUGUGGGAGUGGGCAGCACCCGCUCUGAGAUGGGUAACCUGGACAUCCAUGAGGAGUUGGAGCAGCUGGUUGCUAGGUUCCUGGGGGUGGAGUCAUCCAUGGCGUUUGGGAUGGGCUUCGCUACCAACUCCAUGAACAUUCCUGCUCUCGCUGGGAAGGGCUGUUUGAUUCUGAGUGAUGAGUUGAACCACGCCUCUCUGGCGCUGGGGGCGCGGCUCUCUGGCGCCACCAUCCGCGUCUUCAAACACAACAAUAUGGUGAGUCUAGAGAAGCUGUUGAGAGAUGCCAUUGUUCACGGCCAGCCCAGAACACACAGGCCCUGGAAGAAGAUGCUCAUUCUGGUCGAGGGAAUCUACAGUAUGGAGGGCUCUAUAGUACGUCUGCCUGAGGUGAUAGCCCUGAAGAAGCAUUAUAAGGCCUAUCUGUACCUGGAUGAGGCCCAUAGCAUCGGAGCUCUCGGACCACGAGGUGGAGGGGUGGUGGACUACUUUGGUCUGGACCCCAAAGACGUUGACAUCAUGAUGGGAACCUUCACGAAGAGCUUUGGUGCUGCUGGAGGAUACAUCGGAGGGAAGAGGGAGUUGAUAGACUACCUGCGGUCCCACUCCCACAGUUCAAUCUAUGCCACGGCCAUGUCCCCUCCCGUGUCACAACAGAUCAUCACCUCUAUGAAGAUCAUCAUGGGAGAGGACAACACCACUCUGGGGGCGGAGCGUCUAAAGCAGUUGUCAGAAAAUACCACAUACUUCCGAAGGAAACUCCGAGAGAUGGGAUUCAUCAUCUACGGAAACAAUGACUCUCCUGUCGUACCCAUGAUGCUCUACAUGCCCGCCAAAAUAGGGGCGUUUGGCAGGGAGAUGCUGAAGAGGAACAUUGGGACGGUGGUGGUUGGCUUCCCUGCCACACCCAUCAUAGAGUCCAGGGCCAGGUUCUGUGUGUCUGCCGCACACACCAGGGACAUGCUGGACACGGCAUUGGAGGCCAUCGGUGAGGUUGGGGAUGUGUUGCAGCUGAAGUACUCCAGACAUCAUGAUUUCCCCUCCUCCCUGGGUCCAUGGUCCUCUGCGGAGAGUCUGCUCCUGGAGCCCAGCCACGUCAAGCCUUCUUGUCAUAUAACUAACUGAACCAGCUACACCAGGCAUACUUGCACCUUUGUUUGUUUUUGCACUUACCUGGUGCACCGGCUCUAAAUCAGUCCCUGACUAAGGAAUGAAAAUGUAGAAGUGGAACUUAGGGGAUUUGAGUAUCUCUUGACCUACACUACAGUGGGGUAGGGAUAAAAGAAAGUCACCAAGGUCCCAUCGUGUGUGUUCGUUUCAAAGUGUGUAAGCCCCUAUCGUUGUCUUAAUGUUCGUUUCGAAGUGUGUAAAGCCCCUAUCGUUGUCUUAAUGUUCGUUUCGAAGUGUGUAAAGCCCCCAUCGUUGUCUUAAUGUUCGUUUUGAAGUGUGUAAGCCCCUAUCGUUGUCUUAAUGUUCGUUUCGAAGUGUGUAAAGACCCUAUUGUUGUCUUAAUGUUCGUUUCGAAGUGUGUAUGCCCCUAUCGUUGUCUUAAUGUUCGUUUCGAAGUGUGUAAAGCCCCUAUCGUUGUCUUAAUGUUCGUUUCGAAGUGUGUAAGCCCCUAUCGUUGUCUUAAUGUUCGUUUCGAAGUGUGUAAAGCCCCUAUCGUUGUCUUAAUGUUCGUUUCGAAGUGUUUAAAGCCCCUAUCGUUGUCUUAAUGUAUCUUAACUUAUUGUGAAUUCAUUUUUUUUGUGUUGGACCUAAAUGUUGAAUCUUAUUUCCGUGUUCCAACUGCAUUAUGGGGGCUUCUAGUGCAAUAAUAACAAGAUGGGGAGGAAGAGUAGAACAAGACAUGGAUUUCUAUUGCCAUUAAAAUAUACAAUUUGUUUGGUUGCACCAAUGAAGUUAACGAAUCAGAGAAAUGGAAUCCCUAGAACCAGGAUCUACAUUUUGUUCUAGGGAUUAUAUUUCUAGGAUAACAAGCAAUAAUAUAAUAAUAUAAUGCAAGAAAGAAGUACAUAAAUAAUAUAUAGCAUUCAUGACUAAUAGGGCAACAUAUAGGCUUCAUAUCAAAUGAGGUACACCGUCAAGUGUAGCUUAUUAUAUAUUGAACUUUCCACUCUGAUCGGUGUGUUAGGCUUUAAUAUUGUCACGGGGGUUCUUUCCCUGACCAAUGUUGAUAUUAUCUGCUGUUUACACAGUAAAUGAACAGGUAAAAUCUCAAUGUCUUGGACCUAUUAUCAGAGCUAAUCCUCUCUCUCUCUCUCUCUCUCUCUCUCUCUCUCUCUCUCUCUGUCUCUCUGUCUCUCUGUCUCUCUCUGUCUCUCUCUGUCUCUCUCUGUCUCUCUGUCUGUGUAAGCUACAUAUUUCACCGGUUUAGAAGAAUAGGGUAAGAACCCUUUUGAAGAGCUGCCAUGUUGUGAAUAUUUCAUAUAUAUAUAUUACAGCUUUUUUUCUAUCAUUCUUCAGCCUUUAAUAUUUAGCGUUUAUGCCUGCACUCGAAUGACUUAAGCCCAAAUGUCUUAAACAUGUCUAUACGCUCUAGCGUAUUUAACAUGUCUAUCGCUGAAGAGUCUUUAAUAUUUCUAUAAGCUUGAUAAGAGCCAUGUCGUGUGAAGUGUUUCUCUUGGGGUUGGUAUCACGGACACCGAUUUUUAGGCUAGUCCUGGACUGAAAAACGAUUUGAAUGGAGAUUCUUGGCUUAAUCUGUGUCCGGGAAACUGACCGUUACCGAAGAACCACGUGGUUUGAGUCUCUAACUGUAUAUCUUCUAAGUGCUUAUCUUAAUAACCAGCGUUGAUGUCUUAGUAAACUAUGACACGCUGGCCAUAAUAUGACCCACCUGUUUAUCUGUAUGUAUGAAGAUGAUGCAUCCUAGCCAUGCUUCUCUGAUGUACAGAUAUGUCCUUAUUUGAUAAAACGUCCUAUUGAUACCUUCUUCACAGUGCAUUAUAAGUGCAUUUAUAGUGCCUUAUGAGCUAUAUAUAAUGCACAACAUAGACAUACAGGAAGUGUUACGCCUUUAUUUAUUACAAAUGUCAUUUUUUUCAAUCUGCUCUAUUUUGUGGAAGAUGUUUCUAAUAUAAUGUCUCUGUGGCAGCUCCAAAUAAAGACACCUAAAGGGUUCUUUGGUUAUUUCUGUAUAAUCCUUUUUUGGUUCCAGGUAGAACCCUUUUUUUUGGGGGGGGGGGGGGUUCCAGAACCUUUAACCAAAAGGUUCUUUUGAGGGUUCUUUGUUGGGUGAAAUAGUUCUGCCUGGAAGCAAAACGGUUCUACAGGGACAGCAAAAGAAACCUUUUAGGAACACUUUUGAUGGAGUAUGUGUGUCUUAAUGACAGUGCUAGUACUACUGACAGGCAUUGGUAAUAUACAGAUGAUGUAGCCUCACUGAAAUGACAGGCUUUACGGCUGGCUAACUGACGCUUGGUUUAAACAAAGUAUCUUUUCCCGCCAGCGGUCUUCCACAAUGAUUCUUCUCUAAUAUGGCAUUCCAGAAUUGGCUGAUUUGUGUUUUAAUUUUAGUUUGUUUUGUUUAAAUGUUAUGUUUGACUUUCCAUGGCUCAAUUUAUGGGUCAGUUCAAGUAUAAUAUUGUCUUUAGUCACAUAUCCAGUUUGUAGUGUGUGUGAGUGUACAUCAUUUUUAUUUGUAUUGGAAGUAGAAAUAUGUGGAAGAGAGCUGCGGUUAGCACUGUGAUCAUUCCACUACUACAAACUCCUUAUUAAACUAUGGCUGAGAUUUAAAGUGUCUAUAAUUUGUCCAGACGUAACAUUUUAAACUUGCUACUUUUCUGUUGUGUUUAGUUAAAUCUGGGUGGGCCCAUGUAGUCUGUCUUCAUUCCAAAUGGCACCAUAGUCCCUAUAGUGCACUACUCUUGACCAGAGCCCUUGUCAAAAUGGUGCACUAUAUAGGGAAUAGGGUGCUAUUUGGGAUUACCCUCUGUAUCCUGUUCCCAUCUCCUUUCUAUUGAGGCAUGAUGUGAUUGCUGACAUCCAGUAACAUGACCAUUUAUCUCAGGAAGGCUGUUUAGAUUUCAAUAAUACUAUAAACAUAUGUGAUUAAUCAUUAUCUAACUCAAAGUAAAUGUUUUUUAAAUUAAAAGAUUUAAAAGCCCUUUGAUGUAACAUUACAUCGUUUAACUUGCAAUGGAAAGAGAGCUGUGAUCUGACCUACUCUGUAAAUGCAUGUACACCUGUAUGUUAUCAGUAGGCUUUUACUCUUGGCAAGUUCAAUGGUUUGUGUUGACUGCUGUUAAACAGUGCUGAGAUUAAAUCAAUUUUUGUUUGUUUCAA